AUGGCUGAGGAAUUUGACCCCGAAAAUAUCACACCCACCCAAUCGCAAGGGGAAAAGGUGUCCGGUGCGAAAAUAAUCGCGGAAGAUGCUGUAUUCGGUGAAAUUCAAGAAGGCGGCGUCAACUACCGUGAUGUGGGGUGGAAAGGAACGACUGCUCUUAUGGUGAAAACCCAGCUCGGGCUAGGUGUUCUUUCAAUUCCUCAAGUCUUCGAUACUCUUGGAAUGAUACCGGGAAUUAUCAUUGUCCUGGCAAUUUCCGGAAUAACAACCUGGUCAAAUUGGAUGGUCGGCAUCUUCAAAGCUCGCCACCCCGAGGUAUACGGUAUCGAUGAUGUGGGGAGAAUGCUAUUUGGCCGUAUUGGCUACGAAGUGAUCGGCGCUGCAUACGCAUUAUUUUGGACUUUUACAUCUGGAUCUGCUAUGCUGAGCAUCUCAAUCGCUUUGAAUGCCCUCUCUUCUCAUGCAACCUGUACUGCUGUUUUUGUGGCCAUCACUGCUAUUAUCGGGUUCAUGUUCUCGAGUAUACAGACGCUUGCCCGCAUUAGUGGGCUUGCCUGGGUUGGUGCCACAUGCAUUGUUACUUCAGUUUUUAUCGUUACGGUCGCUGUCGGUACUCAAGGCCGUCCUCCCCCAUCUGCGGGCGUUGGGGUCAAAUCCGAUUACAAAUUAUUUGGCAACCCAAGCUUUCUUGAAGCCAUGACUGCCAUAUCCACGGUGUGUCUAAGCUAUGCAGGAACGCCAGCGUUCUUCAACAUUGUUGCUGAAAUGCGCGACCCGAGACUCUACAACCGGUCGUUGGCAGUCUGUCAGACUAUCAUUACUGUCGUUUUCAUAGUCGUUGGAUCGGUGGUAUACUAUUACUGCGGAUCCUACGUUUCAUCCCCAGCCCUCGGUUCAGCUGGGCCAACAAUCAAAAAAAUCAGUUACGGCAUUGCUUUGCCUGGCUUGUUGGUUUCAGAAAUAGUUCUCCUCCAUGAAGACGAGAGCGAUCCUGGAGGUGGUGCUUCAUGGUGGCUUGGUGUAUUUUUGUUAUUCUGA